GCCGACCUGGUUACCACCGUCCGGAUGUUCAAGGUGGUCGUCCCAAGAGCUCUAAGGUGUGGCCGCCACACCAUCGGCUGAUCCACAACGGCCAAAUCUUGUAGAAUGAGAACAUCCUAGCCCGAUACGUUAACUGGAGAUGUUCCGUCAUUCAAACAUGUUGAUGGCCAAGCAAAAUAUUCAGGUGAUGUGCCCAACAUGCUUCUGCACGAGAGUUUGCUAUGGGAAGUAAGCAUGAGCAAGAUGAAGCUGGCACAGUGAGGCUAGAGACGGGUCACAUUUGGUCGCACAUGGGAGUUGUUCUUGUGAACGUGGGUGAUGAGAUUGACACAAAGCUGCCGAGGAAGGAGCGGGUGACAUUUGUUUCUAAAGGUGCUGAUUCUAUAUCUCGAGCAAAGCAGAUUCUUACCUCGAUACCUGCAAGAGCAAGAGAAGCAUACAACAUAGCCAGGAUGGUCAUAUCGUCCAAGAUGGAAAAUAUGAGGAUCUUCUCCAAGCUGGAACUGAGCUCAAUGCACCAAGAACAAAAUCAAUUGAAGCAACACUUCAUGUAUAAUGUAUUGUGAACCUUGGAUUGAGCUCAUGUGUGUGGUUUAUGUAUUGUGAGCCUUGGAUUGAGGUCAUGUGUGAGGCUAAUGUAUUGUGAGCCUUUUACUUUGUAAUAUGUGAUAAUGAUGUGACAGGCUCAUGGAUUGUGGACACCAAAUUUAUGUGGCAAUUCUGUAAUGUGGAGUACCCAUGAUGACAUGACAAUGCCUAAAUGAU